GGGCACGAGUUGAAAUUGGUUCCUUCUUCAAUCCUUCUGUUGAGCUUCACUGAAGGUCCAGUACACCCCAAAAUCCUUUUUAUUUAAUCAUUACUUUUACUUGUUUUCUUUUUAACUUUAUCAUCACACUCACGCCCACCUUCUUUGAUUCUUCAAUCCAUGAGUAUAAAUAAGCAAGAAACAGAGUGAUGCACUUGAAAUAUUCAUUUGGAGCUUGUUUCAGAGAGAUUCAUAGAGAGAGAGAGAGAGAGAGAGAGGUUCUGAACACCUUGGUUUUGGAUUUGAAGGUUUUGAUUACUCUCAAUCACACCCUUAAGUCUGUUGCUGCUUUUAAAUCAACGUGUCUCUCUCUUUCCUUUCUCUCAUCUGGGUGGAAGAAAUCAUGAGACAUAAGUUUUUUAAUUGUCCUGAUACCACUGCGACUGUUUUGGUGAGGUCAAUAAGCUUUAAAAGAGAUGAUGGUGGAUUGGCCUUUAGAUUUCUGAAAGAGAAUUCAGAAACCAUGGACAAGUCUGAGGGAUUAGAUCAAAACCCACUAUCCGAAAAACCAACGCUUAGAAUUCCACUCAAUAAUUUAGUUCUUGACAAAGAGAAUGUGGAUUCAAUGCCUUUAGAGGACAAAGAUUGUGACUCAAAAUAUAAAUCGAAGCCAACAAUUUCAAUUCCUAAGGCAGUGAUACUGUUUUCGCCAAGACCUAUUAAUGAGCUUGAUGCUGCUGCGACCAAGGUUCAGAAAGUCUACAAGAGUUACCGGACCAGAAGGAACCUUGCCGAUUGUGCAGUUGUGGUCGAAGAACUCUGGUGGAAGGCCUUAGAUUUCGCUGCUCUUAAACAGAGCUCGGUAUCAUUCUUCAAUGUUACGAAACAUGAAACUGCUGCAUCACGGUGGGCACGUGCAAGGACUAGAGCUGCCAAGGUAGGGAAGGGUUUAUCCAAGGAUGAAAAGGCUCAAAAACUAGCUCUCCAACAUUGGCUCGAAGCAAUUGAUCCACGCCAUAGGUAUGGGCACAAUUUGCAUUUCUACUAUGAUGUAUGGACUGAUAGCAAGAGCACCCAACCAUUCUUCUAUUGGCUCGAUGUUGGAGAUGGUAAAGAUCUAAAUCUUGAACGUUGCCAAAGAAUAGAUCUACAUCGUCAAUGCAUUAAAUAUCUCGGACCUAAAGAAAGAGAAGCAUAUGAAGUGAUUGUGGAGAGUGGAAAGCUAGUAUACAAGCAACAUGAAAUGCUGUUAAACACAGAUGAGCAUUCCAAGUGGAUCUUCGUUCUGAGCACAGCAAGGGUUUUGUAUGUGGGACAGAAAAAGAAGGGUGUUUUUCAGCACUCUAGUUUUCUGUCCGGAGGAGCUACAACUGCAGCUGGUAGAUUGGUUGCCCGUGAUGGGAUUCUUGAGGCAAUAUGGCCAUACAGCGGUCACUAUCUUCCAACUGAAGACAAUUUCAAGGAAUUCAUUAGUUUCCUUGAGGAGCACUGCGUAGACUUGACCAAUGUUAAGAGAUAUGAAAUAGAUGAUGACAGAACCUCGUUUAAAGAUACCUACGAGGACUCUAAGCCAGAGUUGGUAGAGGGUCUGUCCACAACCACAAUUUUAACAGAUUUGGCUGCUGCCAAUGGCGACGGACCAACCAAUGAUAUAUCGAACACUUCUUCUAAUCAAGAAGACGGUAAAGCCACCAAUGUAGGCAAUGCAGAAGCACCCAUUUACAACUUGGCCAAGCAUUUAUCGUGCAAGUGGACUAGCGGAGUUGGGCCCCGCAUUGGGUGUGUCAGGGACUACCCAACAGAUCUACAAUCCCUGGCACUUGAGAAAGUCAACCUAUCACCUAGGGUUACACCUGGCCGUUCCUGGAGUAGUAUUCCGAUCCCUUCACCUCGACCUAGCCGGAAGAUGCGGCUCUCACCUAGGCUGGCAUAUAUGGGACUCCCAAGCCCAAGGGUCUCUUCUUCUUCAACUGGUAAUUAGACUCUUCUAAUUUCUCACUUAUCGUUGAAAUGGCGUUGACUUUAGUUUUGGUUCACAACCUUCAGCUAAUGUGCAUUUCUUGUGCCGUUAGUGAAAUUUUUGAUAUGGUUUUAAUGUAAUGUGAGGGAUUAGCCUAAAAUGCUUUGUUCUUUGAUUCUUUUUGUAAAUGCAACGUUGUCUUUCUUGCAGUUUUCUUAAUCACUCUCUACUCAGGGAUUGUCUAAUUCCAAUUUCCAAGUUGUAAAUAUACUGUUUAACUGUUCAAAUAAAGAGAUCUUUUGUCGA